AAUGAAAGGAGGAAAAUGCAGUAAGAUUUCUCUUUGCUCCUUCUGUCCUCUCCUCAGCGGCAUCGUUGUGUUGUUCCUUCACAUCUCUCUUUCCCUCUCUCUCUUGUCUCACUGUCUCACUUUCUCUUCCUCCGCCAAAACCCUAAUCCUAAUCGAGAUCGCAAUCGGAACAUACACAAACAGAGCCAAGCCAUGGACGGUGAUUCCUCUUGGAGUGCUCGUCUCUCUUCCGCCUCCAGGCGCUACCAAUCGGCUCUCCAAUCUCGAUCAGACAUGUUCAUGGGUUUCGAUGAAAAUGAUGGGGACGAUGAUAUAAGGGAGGAGUUUCUCUGCCCAUUUUGUUCCGAGUACUUUGAUAUUGUUGGAUUAUGCUGCCACAUUGAUGAAGAACAUCCAAUGGAAGCAAAAAAUGGAGUAUGUCCAGUUUGUGCAUUGAGGGUGGGGGUUGAUAUGGUAGCACAUAUAACCCUACAACAUGGGAGUAUAUUUAAGAUGCAGCGAAAAAGGAAAUCACGGAAAGGUGGAUCUUAUUCAACACUAUCAUUAUUGAGGAAGGAGCUACGAGAAGGAAAUUUGCAGUCCCUUUUUGGUGGAUCUUCAUGUAUAGUGUCCUCGUCUAAUGCAGCUGAUCCACUGUUGUCAUCAUUUAUACUGCCUUUAGCUAAUGAACAUACCAGCUCUCAGCCUCACUUGCACACUGAGGCAAGAUCAUCUAAAAAAGGCUCAGAUGAGAGUGUGUCAACAAGAAAUGUGGAGACAUCAACCUUGUCAGUUAAGGAUAAGGAGGAGAAGGCAAAAAGAUGCGAGUUUGUUCAAGGGCUGUUGCUGUCCACCAUACUUGAUGACAAUUUAUGAAGGAAAUUCAUGGAGGUGACUGCUUCAGUAGUGGGUAAUUCACAUGCGAUACCUGGAAUGUAUGGUUUGCCUGGUGAAAUUGUCUAUGUAUUUGAUCAGAGUGGGAAUAAGUAGUAGAAAAUGAAUGUAAUUUAUGUUUUAUAUGUGAACUGAUGUUUUUAGUUCAAGAGUUUUAUCAUCUCCUUUAAUCUCAGAUCAUAAAGCUUAAAUGAAAAGGAUCCUUUCCUACCGGUAA